AUGCCUUUACCCCAUAACGAGCAAGAUUACCUUACAACCAAGCAUGUUUUGUUGGAGGCCGGUGUGGACACUGCUUACUGCUCAACAGCUGUGUUGGCAUUCCGAGUGCCAUUCCGAGUGCCAUUCCGAGUGCCAUUCCGAGUGCCAUUCCAAGUGCCAUUCCGAGUGCCAUUCCGAGUGCCAUUCCAAGUGCCAUUCCGAGUGCCAUUCCAAGUGCCAUUCCGAGUGCCAUUCCGAGUGCCAUUCCAAGUGCCAUUCCAAGUGCCAUUCCGAGUGCCAUUCCGAGUGCCAUUCCAAGUGCCAUUCCAAGUGCCAUUCCGAGUGCCAUUCCGAGUGCCAUUCCAAGUGCCAUUCCAAGUGCCAUUCCGAGUGCCAUUCCGAGAGCCAUUCCGAGUGCCAUUCCGAGUGCCAUUCCAAGUGCCAUUCCGAGUGCCAUUCCGAGUGCCAUUCCAAGUGCCAUUCCGAGUGCCAUUCCGAGUGCCAUUCCGAGUGCCAUUCCAAGUACCAUUCCGAGUGCCAUUCCGAGUGCCAUUCCGAGUGCCAUUCCGAGUGCCAUUCCGAGUGCCAUUCCAAGUGCCAUUCCGAGUGCCAUUCCGAGUGCCAUUCCGAGUGCCAUUCCGAGUGCCAUUCCGAGUGCCAUUCCAAGUGCCAUUCCAAGUGCCAUUCCGAGUGCCAUUCCAAGUGCCAUUCCGAGUGCCAUUCCGAGUGCCAUUCCAAGUGCCAUUCCAAGUGCCAUUCCGAGUGCCAUUCCGAGUGCCAUUCCGAGUGCCAUUCCGAGUGCCAUUCCAAGUGCCAUUCCGAGUGCCAUUCCGAGUGCCAUUCCGAGAGCCAUUCCGAGUGCCAUUCCAAGUGCCAUUCCAAGUGCCAUUCCGAGUGCCAUUCCAAGUGCCAUUCCGAGUGCCAUUCCAAGUGCCAUUCCGAGUGCCAUUCCGAGUGCCAUUCCGAGUGCCAUUCCGAGUGCCAUUCCGAGUGGCAUUCCGAGUGGCAUUCCGAGUGCCAUUCCAAGUGCCAUUCCAAGUGCCAUUCCGAGUGCCAUUCCGAGUGCCAUUCCGAGUGCCAUUCCGAGUGCCAUUCCGAGUGCCAUUCCGAGUGCCAUUCCGAGUGCCAUUCCGAGUGCCAUUCCGAGUGCCAUUCCAAGUGCCAUUCCGAGUGCCAUUCCGAGUGGCAUUCCGAGUGCCAUUCCGAGUGCCAUUCCAAGUGCCAUUCCGAGUGCCAUUCCGAGUGCCAUUCCAAGUGCCAUUCCGAGUGCCAUUCCGAGUGCCAUUCCGAGUGCCAUUCCGAGUGCCAUUCCGAGUGCCAUUCCGAGUGCCAUUCCGAGUGCCAUUCCAAGUGCCAUUCCGAGUGCCAUUCCGAGUGCCAUUCCGAGUGCCAUUCCGAGUGCCAUUCCGAAUUUUCAACACCCAUCAACGAGAAGUAAGGUUUCUCAAGGCACUUGGAGUGCUGGUGCCAGCAAUACUGGCUGAACAACCUGGAGCAGACGAGAAAUCUGAAGUUGCAGCUGGCUUAGAAAAGUUUACAUUUGGGGAGUUAUCAGAACAUGACCAGUGCUCAUUAUCAGGUGGAGAGUAA